AUGAUACCAAAAACCAGUGCCUACAGUUAUGUUCUCUACAUUUCCGGUAAGUUCCCGCAACUUCACGGAAAUCCCCAAAAAAUUUUUGCAGCCACAAUUUCGCUAUGCUCAAUUUUCAUGAUUUUCUCCACACUUCCUUUGCUCUAUGAUUAUAUUUAUGCAAUUAAGGAUGAGAUUUCAGAAGAGCUCUCGAUUUGCAAAAGAAAUGCUCAGAAUAUUUAUUACGAAGUUAAUUCGAUUCAAAUGUAUUUGAAAAAUUGA